AGUGAGAACAGAACAGAUGCAUUUGCAAAGAGAAAAGGAAGGAAGACCAACAAAAAGGCAAAAGAAAAAGGCUUUUUAAAUAUAGCACAGAUAACAGUAUCAUAACAGAAAGACAGAGCAAAAGGUAAAAUAAAUUACUAAUUAAUAGGCAAAAAGUCGGGGAUGAAAUAAAAAAUUUGAAGUGAACAACGUUUCGUGGAGAGAAAGUGAAAUGCACUUUGAAUUGUGGGCCCAAAAUACAAGUUGACUCAAUGACCACUGCUCACUGAACAGACAUGAUGUCAAACAUCUCUUUCAUCUAUCAAAAUACACUCUCAGAAAUUAACUAUUCAUGUUCUCAGGAGGAAGCCCAGCGCAUACCAUUUGCCAUCCUCUAUUCUCUCAUAUUCCUGUUCGGCUUGGGAGGGAACCUGCUGGCCCUCUGGGUUUUCAUCUUUCUCCACUCACGCCAUAACUCGGUCCGCAUCUUCCUCAUAAACGUGGCACUGGCUGACCUCGUGCUUGUAGCCUGCCUGCCAUUCCGCAUCAUCUACCACAUUCUGGGCAACUACUGGCCCUUAGGGUCCAGAAUGUGCAAGACUGUGGGCAACCUCUUCUAUAUGAACAUGUAUGUAAGCAUCACCCUGCUAGGUCUUAUUAGUCUGGACCGCUACGUAAAGAUACAAGGUUUGCCUUCCGCAGCAUCCUGCUGUCACCGCUGGAUGAAAGGGAACAGAUGGAGUGUAGUGGCAUGCAGUGUAUUGUGGAUAGCCUCGCUGCUGGCUGUGGUGCCUAUGAUUGCACUAUCUGAAGGAAAUGAGGAGCAGGGCAAGUGCUUCCAGUACAAGACUCGAAAACAGGCUUACAGUAAGGCAUAUUUUAACCUUUUUUUGGUGGGGGGUUUCUGGUUAGUGUUCUUACUUCUGGUAGUGUCAUAUGGACAAAUUGCCUGGCGCCUUUUGAAAGCAUCCCGUGACAAACCAGACCUGCCCAAUGCACUGCACUACUCCCGUGCUGCUAAGAAGUCUUUUGUGGUGCUUUUCCUGUUCACAGUCUGCUUCGUGCCUUACCAUGCCUUCAGAGGAGUAUAUGUGCAGUCUCAACUUACUGAAACCCCCUGCGAGAUUCGCCGUCAGAUAGACCAGGCAAAUGAAGUGCUGCUUCUCUCAGCUCUCAACAGCUGCCUGGACCCUAUUAUGUACUUCGUGUUAUCGGCUUCUGUGCGCAAAGCCACAAUAAGUGCUAUUUCCCGGGUGUUCUGUGUGCGCAACCAUCCCAUCAUCAACAGCUCUACAACGGAGUUUCACCGGACAUCUAUAUCCCAGGCCUCCACCCCUGCAAUGGUUAACCAUGGAAGUAUGGGUCCCAUUCAUUUCCUAAUGACCACCCAUCCUAAAAACAAUGCAUAAACUUGCCUUUAUGUAAACAGAGGUACAUUAUACAAACAAAAGAAUGUGCAGGACAGACCAUCACACCCACAUGUGCUUUUUGGACUGUAUAUUGCAAAUCCCUGGGAAUUAAUAUGGAGUUAGUCCACCAUUUACAGAAAUAACAGCAUUCAAUCUUCUGGGACAGAUUUCCAACAGCUAUAACAACAACUGACCCUUACAUUUCAGCAUGUGGAAGGUUGUGGGUAGCCUCUGCUUUAUAAAAAUCUAUGUAACCAUUACUUGUUGGGUCGUGCCCAGACCUCAAUAUUAGGUUACAAUGUUUUCCAGGAACAGAGGUAAAAGAUUUGUACCCAUUCAAUACAUUAAUAAUUGGAGAGGUCAAGCAGUGAAAUCAGACUGAUUCAUUGCCAAGGUGUUCAAGUUGGAUUGAGGUGAGGGUUCUAUUUCUUCCACACAGACCUUGGGAAAGAAAAUCAUAUAUGGGUGUGUCCAUACACUUUUGACCAUAUAAUUUAUGUCCUCUAAGAAUAUAGAAAGCCUUACCAUGAAUGAAAGUGGCAAGACUAUUUUGACAAUAACAACAGAUGGAUGAUGAGGAAAAUCAAUUCUCAGUCAAUAUUAAAGCUAAAAGAUCCCUUAAAUAAAAUUCAAAUGUAUGUAUUACAGAGAUAUUACUUUUGAACAUUUUCUUGUUAAAUUUUCUUUCUGUGAGAAUAUGAUAAGGUCAAGACUGUACAGAUUUUUAUUAAGGUGAUUAUAGGCAUUAUGAUAAUUAUAAUAAAAUGAAUUGUGUUUAACAAUCAAAGCUGUAAACAAAAACACAGAGCUACACAGAAGCACACACAAAAAACAGUGCCUUGAGACAAAUGGCUUCACAAACUACACUAUUACAUGAUAUACACAAAGGCUAUUGAGUAGUGUUUGUUAAACUAAAUUAAACAAACUCUGUAUAUAAUGCUGAUCUGUGGUGGUGUGCAACUGCCCAUCUGUGCUAACCCGGGGGUGAGUCUCUAACAGUAAUCCCACUUUAAUCACAGAUGUCUGGCACAUUAGAAAGGGAUUAAUUUGGCUGUUUUACAGUACUACUUUAGAUACUACCUACACACAAACAA